AUGUCACAUCCAGACCAUAAUGCAUACCAAGCAGUCACUUUUUCCGGCUGGACCACAUCUGCAACGCAUCCAGCUUCUUCCAAUUUCUUUAUAAUCUUGCCAAUUCCUCCACAACCACCCCGCAAUGCUCAAAAAGUGGCCACAUUGGCAAUGUUACGAAAAUUUCUAAAACCAACUGUUAUUGCCAGUAUUUUAAUAUUACUAACCACCUUAACAACCAUAACGAAGGCAACAUCUGUGACGACAUCAACAUCUAUAACAACAACUACGCCGACAACGACAACAACAACAACACCAUCACCGCCACCACCAUCAACUACGACAGCAACACCAACAACUACCACAACAGCCGCACCAUCAGCAAAUAUUUCAGCAACAGUUUUUCAGUUAACAAAAACAUCAGUUGUCGGAAAAUUCUUAAAUAAUGCAGCCGAAGAAACAACAACAUCAUUGUUGCCCUUACAGCCACCUUUAAAUGUGACAUCAACAACUUUGGCAAGUUUUAUAUUAAACCAAAAACAUCAACAACAACAGCGUCAGAGAAAGCAACAGCAACUGUUGUAUUUGCAGCAACAACGUCAGCAUCGACAGGUACAAGAUGUUGAGGAAACACAACAAAAACAACAGCAGCAGCAACAACAAAGACAUUACCAAGAACAUUUAUUAAACGGCAAUGUAAAUGACAACAAAGAAAUUAUAAAAAAGAAUCUGGACUCUGCUUUUGUUACCGUUACCUCACCCGUUGAUAUUAUAACACCGGAACCCAGUUCUACUCACGCCUACAUACCCUUCGAUUUGGACUAUAAUGAUCCCACGGAGGAAAGGGCUCUACAAGAAUCAAAUGCUCGACAAUCCACAAUUAACGAAGUUCUAACAAAUCUCUUUCCCAAAGGAUUUUCGGAUAUAUUUAGAUUCAGCUAUGCCGGGGAACAGGAAACCACCACUAACGUACCCAUUAAACUGAUCAGAUCUACACCGGCACCCUUCAAGCGCAUGCCCACUACAAAAACCAAGAAAAAAGGACAGGCUUUUAUACCGCGUAAUACCACCUAUAUAACAGUUUCUACUUCGGUAACCCGAGAAACUCGCAGAGAAAUUAGUCCCGGUCAUACGGAGAUAGUAGUGGAGAAAAUUAUUACCGACCCCGGCUCUUUAAGAUCGAAUGAAGAAUUUAGAGAUGGCAGCAAUUCCAUAAGUAAGGAUGAAUUGUUGAGAAUUAAUAGAGCAGCCAAUGAAGCUUCUGUUUUACCCAGUCUUUUGGUUAAUCCUCAGAGUAAUUCUAACAAUAAUUCUGCAAAUGCUAGAAUCAGUGAACCCAUUGUUAUAUUAAAUGAUAACUAUAAUAACGAUGAUUUUGUGGAGGCGCCAGAAGAUGACAAUCAAAUUGCUGAAACCCAAGAUGUGAUACAUCAAGUUAUACAGCCACCACCAGCUGAAAGCACAAAUUUCCAUGUUACACCCAAUCAUCAAUACAAUGUACGCAUUAUACAUGACAACCCGGUGAAAACUGUUCAGAAUAGUGAGCUGAUCGGGCAGGAGAAUCCCUCAGUAAGAAACUCACCUUCAUACCAAUCGUUUGUGGAACAAAGUAAAUAUUUGCAAAACACCCUAAAAGAGGCUCCCUCUAGGCAAUUUUUAAAAAAUUUCCAAAAUCCCAUACUGUCACAAACUGACAAUCAACCAUCCGUAAACAAGGGUAAUUUUCAUUAUGAGCAGGUUGUACCACAAAAUCAUAUACAAACCGUGCCCCCGGCUGCCCAGCAGCAGUAUGCUCAUUACCAACAGCAGCAGCCACAAGCAGCUGCUCCGCUACAGCAGCAGCAACCUCAGACUCUACAUACUCGUAUAAUAAACAGCCAACAUUUAAGCGAUAAGGAUGUUUAUCAAAUCGAUUCAGCUCAAGGAGAGCAACUAGAACAUACCACUCCAGCCAAUAUAGUUUUUGUAACCAUUAACACUCCUCUUACACAUAACAUACAGCAGGCUGCCAAUCCAGCCCACACCUAUUCACAGGAGCCACAAAUUAUACCAGCACAGCAAAUUAAGUCACCACAUGAAUUUGUAUCCGAUGCCAUGGGCUACUCUCAUGACUCUCCACAAGUGGAGGUGGAUCAUCAGGCCCAACAAUCGGAAGAUAAUCCCAAACCCAGUAAUGCCGGCUAUACUUUUGUGGAAGUACAAAAAUCCAUUAACAUACACAAUAAAUUGAUCACGGAAAAAGAUGGACGUUUGAUAGAACAACAUGAAACUAUUUACCCGGAAGCCAAAUAUAAUCACAACGUGCAACAGCAACAAGAGCCAGCUCAACCUCAACCUUCACCCGAUUAUAUAUCACUCUCCCAAAAUCCCAUACACGUUGAACCCGAAGAUGAACAAUAUGAACCAGCAGCUUCCCUAAGGGAUGAACAACAUACAUUAAAUCCAUCACAAGAUUUGUCGGACUUUGGCACUAUACAGCAAUCCAAUCUUAUUCAAGAGAGCCACAUUAUAGAGAUUCCCCAGCAGCAAGAGCAGCAACAGUAUCAUGAUCAACAAGAGGAACAACAUCAUGAGCAAGUUUAUUCUAACAAUGAAGAAGAUCAUCUGGCAGCUGAAGAUCAUCAUGCAGCAGAAGGACAGUAUGCAGCAGAAGUUCAUCAUGCACCAGAAGAUCAUCAUGCAUCAGACAAUCAUUAUGCACCAGUAAAUCAGCAUGCAGCAGAAGUACAUUAUGCAGCAGAACAGAAUCAAGCAUCAGACAACCAUUAUGCUGCAAAAAAUCAUGCAGCGGAAGGCCAAUAUCCAGCAGGAGAGCAGCAUGCACUAAUAGGUAUACACCUAACCGGUGAGGUACCAGCACAACCUGUAAAACCAGCUUAUACUCCAACUGUACAAAUACCUUAUGCCUUGCCAGACAGAGAGCCUUAUCAUCCUCCUCCCAUGGUGCUGCAAGAAAUUAUAGAGAAACAUAUAGCCGUGCCUUAUGGUGUUCCCGAGCCAGUGGGCAUUCCCGUGCAUAUAGAUCAUUUCAUAGACCGCCCCUACCCAGUAGAGACUAUAGUAGAGAAACCCGUACCUUAUCCGGUGGAGAAGGUAGUGGAAAAAGUGGUAGAGAAACAUGUACCCGUAGAAGUGGAGAAAAUAGUGGAGAAACCGAUAGAAGUAAUAGUCAAGAAAUAUAUAGAUCGUCCGGUGGCUAUACCCAUUAAAAUACCAGUAUCUUUACAUUUGCCUGCAUCUCCGCAUGGUCCUCCAUCUUAUGGCCACCCAGGAGCUUAUUAUCCUUCCACAUUUGGAGGUGGUGCUGGUGGCUUAGAUCAUGCUUCCACUUGGCCUCAAACCGUUAAUGGCGGUAGUUUUACUCGCAUACCCCAAAAUGUCUUAAAGGCAUACUAUGCAAAAAUGUUGAAAAAACUUGUGCCCCAAAUGCAGCAGGCCUAUAAAAAUACCCAUGCCAGCAAAGCUGUGCCAAAAUUAACACCCAAACCGUAUGUCAAACAAAAUUACAAAAUAUCCGAUAUGUUGUAUGAUCUCAAGCCUCCCCCACCACGCCCUAAGGCACACACUAGUUGGGAUAUAGGGGCCCGAUAUCAAUAUGACUACAAUACAUUGCCUAUCGAUUUGUCGGCUUCCUCCUCAAUAGCAGUGGGUAAGAAUUUAGAACGACCCGGCCAGGGUUAUAAAACAAAUUUCGAUGAAUUCCAGAGAUGGCGCAAUGGACACAGUUUGAAGAGAAGUCCGGAUUUUGGUAGAAAUUUGCAUAUGGAAUAUGGUUUUAAGCCACCACUGGUGCCCUCAGUGGAAAUUGAUGAUAAAGGUGUGCCUUUGAAGUCAAUAGCUGACUUAACGAAGGGCAAAGAGGAAUAA